UCAACUCCAGGUGUGUUUGUUUACCUGCUGGCUCGAGCCCAGGCGGCAAUGCUAGCGCGCUCGGCUCGGUCCCACGAGCUCAACAAGGGUGGACUGUACCAAUGUGAGUCCUGGGUGGAGGGGCGGGGAACCACUAAGAGAAAACACGCGAUUUUCUCCUGAUGUGGCGUCAGCGUGGAGUCUGCUGGAAACCGGAGCGAUCACAAGGUGCAUCAAGUACGACCUUCCACUUUCCUGGAUUUAGAGAAACAACUUCAGGCCCGACUGCAGUUGAUUUAUUGGCUGAUAACUUUCUUUAAGCACCCCUGAAAACUCCAUCGCUCCAUCUUGCCUUUUGAUUGACCGCUCCAUAUUCUUUUUUCCCCCUCUGUGCUGAAUUUUUCCUCCUGCUGGAGAAAGGAGAAAAAACAACAGUGAGAGGGGGGGAAAGCGAGAGGAAGAAGGCACAGCGGAACACACAGGAGGUGGAGGAAAAAGUGAAAUAACAGGAGAUUAGCGGGGAGAUUGGAGGAACAGGUUGGAAAGAGAGCAAGAAGACAUUUUGCAAGUGGAGAACGAGAUUUGGCCCUGGCUGUAUUUCAGUCCCUGCUUUUCUAUUUCUUGUUUCCCAUCCGCUGAUUAAAAGGAGGUGACACCAUGACAACAGAGAUGCAGGAGAUCGCUAUCACGGAGGACAAGCCUUUACUCACGGGUCAGGCAGAUACCAAGGAUGCUGAACUGGCUGCCAGGAUACUCCUGGACCAGGGACAGGAGCACAGUAUCGAGACCCCACAUGGUGUUCUGCACGUGACCCUCCACGGCACGCGGACCACCCGCAGGCCUGCUAUCCUCACCUUCCACGAUGUGGGCCUGGACAGUAAGAGCUGCUUCUCCCCUCUGUUCAAGUUCGAGGAGAUGCAGGAGAUCGUCAAGAAUUUCACCCUGAUUCACAUCGACGCUCCGGGGCAGGAGGAGGGGGCCGCUGCCUACCCCACAGGGUACCAGUAUCCCUCCAUGGACACCGUAGCAGAGAUGAUCCCCGCCGUCCUGCAGUUUUUUAACUUCCGUACUGUAAUCGGAGUGGGUGUGGGAGCGGGAGCGUACAUCCUCUCCAAGUUCACACUUGCAAACCCAGAUUCAGUGGAGGGUCUGGUUCUGAUCAACAUCGACACUAACGCCCGAGGAUGGAUAGACUGGGCUGCUCAGAAGCUCAGCUCUGUGACGUCCUCCCUCACGGAGCAGAUCCUGUCCCACCUUUUCAGUCAGGAGGAGCUGUCGUCAAACACAGAUCUGGUGCAGUCUCACAGAGAGCGCAUCUCCAAAGCCUCAAAUCUGGUCAACAUAGAGUUCUUCUGGAAGACUUACAACAGUCGCCGAGACUUGAACAUUGACCGCAACAGCACCUUCAAGUGUCCAGUGAUGUUGGUGGUGGGUGAUCAGGCUCCAUAUGAGGACGCUGCCGUGGAGUGCAACAGCAAAAUGGACCCAACAACAACCUCGUUCCUAAAGAUGGCUGAUGCUGGUGGUCUUCCUCAGCUGACUCAGCCUGCUAAACUGACUGAGGCUUUCAAGUAUUUCAUCCAGGGAAUGGGCUACAUGGCUUCGUCCUGCAUGACCCGCCUGUCCCGCUCCCGCACCACCUCCCUCUCCUCCUCCUACUCCAUGGAUGGGUCCCGUUCUCGCUCCCGCACCCUGUCCCAGGGCUCGCAGGGCGGCCAGAUGCCACCCAGCCCCUCCCAAACGAUGGAGGUGUCUUGCUGAACGGGGAGGGGGGACAUGCUAGAGACGAGUGAGUGAGAGAAGAGGGCGAAGGCGGAAAGAAAGGGAAAGAUGAAGCAUGACAAUAAUGCAGGAACUAGAGGAGUGGGUUACUUAUUUGUCACUAAACAACUACCAUCAUUCCCCACAAGAGCAGAAUAGGAACAGCGACAGGGUGAAGGAGGGAGGGUGGAGGAAAGAGGAAGAUAAUGACCUCCACAUUUUGCACCACAUACAAAGUCCAGGCCCUCUCCCCACAUCCCCUUUCCAGCUAAAAUCAAAGUAGAUACAGCGAAAAUAAAAAGCAAAGGCUCGAAGAGAUUCAUUCAAAAGGGGGGAUGCAGGGAAAGAAUGGCAACCAGUCCUCUCUCCCCCUCCCUCCCUCUAUUGGAGCCUGAAUAGAGCCCUUUAAUUUAGAAAAGGAGGCCUGUAGAGACCACACACCUUGCGUUAACCAAUAGUAAUAACUCUGAAAACGGCAUUGUUGUUAUUGAUGAUGAAGAUGAUGAUUACGUUGUUGAUGAUGAAGCUAAUGAUGAUGAUAAUGUAAUAGACAAAAACAGUAACACUUUUCUCUUUAUUACGCAAUGAGUUUAAAAUGACAUAGAUAAAAAAAACAUACUAUAGCAGAGAUACUUAUAACAAUGUGUGUCUACUACUUUUUAAGCUAGUCUUUAUUGUGUUUUUAUUUCUUUAAUCUUUUUUUUUGUUUUUUUAAUGUAACCUGUCUCAGCGAGGGGCUGAAGCUACUGAUUGGUGGUAACAGCCAAUGAGAGCCAUUAUAGUGACUACUUCCUCCUCCUUGAUGUUGCCAGGUCGUUAUGUCUUCCAUUUGCCCCGUCUAUAAGUGACCCCCCCCCCCCCCACCAUACCCCCAUUGGAUUUGAGAAGGUGGGCAGGAAGCUUUUUUUUUUCUUCUUCUGGACUGUUUGGAAGUUGCAUGCCUGAUGUCAGCCCAAGUGAAUAUUGAAUGGAUAAUAAUUUUCUUUUACAUUCUGUCAGUGAUGUGUGUGGAUGUGCACGUGUGUGUGUGUGUUGAGUUUUGUUUGCUCAGAGUGUUUGGAGCGAACUUGUGGGUCUGAAGGUAAGCACAGGUGAGACUGAGGGUGUUCGUACGCUUUAGCCAGUCAGCACCCUAUCAUUAACACUAGUCGCACACUAAAUAGUGCUUCCAAUAUUUCUGGCAGCCCUGCAUUAUCCGCACUCGUGUGCUGCUCGUCAGGCAGUGUGGCAGGCCAGUUUGGAUAUUGCAUUUAAGUGUUAGGCUGCGGCCAGAAGGGAUCACUGUGUUUUAUCGUCUGGGUUGUAAGCUCUUAGCCUUACCCAUGCGUGGAUACCUCCUAACAAACCCAGCCAGCAUACUUGAGUUGUGUGCGACGAUGAACAUGCGCUCCUUUCGAUGAAGUAAACGUGAAGCGUGUGUGUGUGUGUGUGCAAGCGCUUGUGUCAUGUAAGCACAAUAAAAUGCAGCAAGGAAGGCCGAGGUCCAAUGGAAAAGCUUAGUAAUCAGUUCUGAGACCAGUGAAACCCCUUCCUGUGACUUUUCGAUGACAAUGUACCAGCCCCUUCACUGCCAACGCACUCAAAAGUGAUACACAUGUGCACUUUUUGGCACAGCCUCAGUCAGAAGGGGCAGAACACUUUGCCUUUUUUCUGCUCUGAGAGUGAAAAACGAUUAGCCCGAACAUGCACCUAAAAACGACCAACGUGAAACUGCAGCCAAUAAGCGUUCGUACUGCCAAAACUACCCCGAAUAUGAAGUAGAAAUGCUAUAAGCUAUAGUUACAAAAAAAUUCAGAGUGUAUCAGUAGAUCUAAAUUCCUUCCUUCAUAUUUCAACACAAGUAAAGCUUGCCACUGCCCUGCGACGUGUUGCCAUUGGACCGACCGUACUUUUGAAGGACCCAUAUUUGGACCCAGUCCGAUAUCCUUGGAGCUCGUGUGCAUUUGUAGGCGUGCCACUUGUAUGCACUCAUUUGUGUUCCUGAUGCAGCUUUUAUUUUUUUUUUUUUCUCUUUAAUAAGCAUCAGUAUCAUUUUUACAAGUCACUUGGAGGUUUGCCUGUUUCAUUCACAUGCUGUCUAGUGCUCCUUUCCCAAACCUGUUAUAAUGAAGUAGAGACUGAGCGAUGAGCUUGGCGGGAAAGUCAAUCGAGGGACUCAGAUUUGAGCUUUGAAUAGACGGGCACUUGCAAGAUUUAAAAAUGGUAGCGAUGAUGAUGAUGAUGAUGGUAAUCUCUGGACCAUCAGAGUGCAACUCACAACCAGCCCUUGAGCUGUUAACAACUGCUGCAUUUAAUAAGGCAAACACCAAUUGGGAUGUUUAGAUGAUUUGUGUUACAUCACUCAAAUUCAGAAUCUAACACUAAACCAGGAUUCUGGCAUGUUUUGGGCACUUGGGUUGCUGUCCAGAGGGCUGAAGUGUAGAAUGUAAAUGUUUGGCUCCUCCCAGACUUAAUUUUAAACAAUCAGGCACUGGAAUGUCUACCAAAUAAGGAGUAGUGGGUGGAGCCUAGAAGAAGGAACUGCCAAAUAAGGAAAAGGGAGUGGUACUCAUUUGUGGAGAGUUGAGCGGGGCUGUGUGAGUGUAAAUGCUUGUCCAUUUUUUGUCUCUUGUUUGUCUCUUUAAUUUUUACUUCAAUCAUAUUUUCCUUUUCCCCUCUGUUUUGGAUUUUAUUUUUCUGUUUUGUUUUGUUUUAUCUCUGUGAAGUGUUAGUUUACCGUCCCGAUGUGCUCACAAGUUAGUUAACCGUGUGAUAGUUCUUGUGUAACUUUUUUAGCAUUAGCGCUGAUAAGGGAGAAUAAUAUUAUUAACAAUUUUAAAAAAAGAAUAAAGGUAAAGAGAAUACAAUCAAAUUUACUUGUGUGGCUAAUUACUCUGUGUAAAACAAUGGACAUCCUAAAAAAAGUAAACUUAAACAUUAAUAAAAGCUUAAGAGAAAUA